UCAUGACGAUCGUUUAAACGCAAAUAUUUUGAAUUCGAAUAGUUCGAUCAACGAAAUAAUGGUGUUUGGUGCAAAAGCGGUCAUAAAAACAGACAAUUUGGUUGGACAUGAUCAAAUUUGGAAAGAUCAUGUGGUAAACGAAACACGAGCAGCGAAACUAUGGCCUGAAAAUUGGGGAUUCUUGAUAAAAGAAUAUAAGAAGAUAUGCAACGAAGAUGAAAAUUUAACCCAAGGGGCAGCGUCAGUCAAAGUAAAACAACGACGUGAAAAGUUAAAACUCCCUCCAAUUGAAUGUCAGACAACUGGGGUGGGUAGUUCUACGAGAAGCUUCCCAAAAACAAGUAGUGGUCAAAUUGGCUGGAGAUCAACUCAACCUCAAUGCAGACUUGAAAGAUAUGGUCGCUAUACAAAACCUGUUCCGGGUAUUCUCAGAUCUUUAAACUGGCCACCAGAGUCGGUCGAUUGAAAAUAACAUCCAUAUAGAACACUAAAAAGAUAGUUAAGAGUAAUUUUUAGUCUUGCACAUGUUGACCAUAUAAAUAUCUACAUUUUUAUACUUACAGUAAACAUGUAUACCAGGUCGACAUUGCAUUAAAAUAUACAAACACAUCGAAAUAGAUCUUUUGAUGAUAUUU